AUGACGCAACUGGACAAGGCGCUGCUGGGCUGGGUUGGGGCGGACCGGCUGAUGCAGAUGGUGUUCAACAUCACGUCACCCGCCGCCCUUGUUGGUGUCAAGCACCUGCUGCAGCAUGUGUACAUUGAGCAGGCCUGCCGCCCCCGCGCUCUCGUGGGCGGCCUUGCAGCGGCCUUCACCGCCAGGGACUGGCGCGCCACUAACGAGCACGCGUCGCGCAUCGGCCAAGCUCUCGCUGCCUGGUGUAUCCACUACUACUGCUACCAGCAGGACUGGUUAAAGAUCAAGGAGAAGACCCGGGAGUGGACUGAUCACCAUGCGUUCUUCUUCAAGCCCGCCAAACCAGGCUUGGAACUGAAUGUCGCGCAUGCAGCCUUUGAGGUGCACGAUUUCGAUAUUCAACAGCUGGGGCACCAGCAUCUUCGUGAUAAGGGCUAUAAGUUAUGCUGGGGUGUUGGGAGGCAUGUUUUGGGUAGUCAGGUUUUUGACUAUUGGUUCGAUAGCAGCGGCUUUGUCGUGGAACAUUACGCCGAUGGCGACUUGGUGAACUAUGAAACGCCCGUGGCCAAGGUGCAGGCUGGGCCGCAGGCCCUAUCGGUAUGGGGGCCACCAGUUCCAGAUGUCUUCUGAAUUUGAGUCUUGUUCCAGUGUAUACCAGACGGAGUUUGCUCUAUCUGUUACCCGAGUUGUCAUGUAGGGUCGUUUUCGUAUCCCUCUCGAGAAGGAGACUUUUUGCAGGUGCUUUUCAACGAAGUAUUAUUAUUUCUGUUCCUUUGGCCCAUCCGGCGCGCAGCUUUGGAACUGUGUCAGCUCAUUUAGCUUCAACGUAAGGCAUUAACCUCAUCGCAAAUUC